GUGCGCGACUCGUUGCGUCCUGGCAACAAGGGGGGAAAUAUCGCGCAGGGACGCAAGGUUGGUUUCGCGCAUGUGCAAAUCCUCUCAGGCAAACGGAGCUUAGAAACGGCUGGUCGGGACUAAAGACCCCAGCUUGCAUUGCAGUCUCGCGAGGACAACCAUUCUCGGCGCAUAAGGCUCUAUUUUCAUCUCUAUGGCGACUAAAGUGUUCCAGGCUGCACCGCCUGGCUGGGGGAUAAUCGGAGCGGUGCAUGCUGGGAAUCGUAGUUCACGUGGUUCGGAGUACUCCGGCUGCUGCGGCGGAGAGCGGGGCUCGGCGUGGGCUUCCCCAGGGCUGAGGGAGGGACGCAGCCACGCUCAGUCUGCAGCCUAGCAUCUCCUGCUCCGAGGCGCUCGCCCUGCCGGCCGUAGCACUGGACACAGAGAGUCCGUGAGUGAGAAGUUGGAAGGUACACAAGGAAAGAAACUGGAGACUACAGGACAAGAAAAUACGGUAUACUAGGGUUUGAAGGAAUUGCCUCCCCUCAGGAGAGGGAACAAAGUGAUGCAACAUUGGUAUAGCCCUUUAAAAACACAGCAACUGGAUGGGUUAGAGAGACAAAGGAUGCGGCAGGAGAAGAACAAAGGGACAGUUUUUUGGAAGGAAAAGGCAUUUAGACUGUAGAACCAGCCGAGGCCGAAAGAAAUUGACUGCGGGAGAUAGAAAGUCUAUAAGUCAGAGAAGCCACGAGCUGCAGUCUAGACACCCAUGAAGACUCUGACCAAACUCCAAAGAAUGCUUGAGUUGUGAGGAAACUGAAGCAGGGAAGGGCAUAACGGUGUUUUAUUGUUUUUUACCUACAUCUCCAUAUCGCUUGUGCUGCCUAAAGUAGAAAGUCACUGUUUUUAGAAAUCCCUUUUGCAUAGCCGCUGUCUGUUUGCUUCAACUUUCACAUGUCUCUGAAGAGAGAAACUAUAAACCAAAGAGCCCAUGAGGUUGGAGCUCUAGGAGAGGGUGUGCUUAAGCAACUGGGGAGUCCGGGAGAGCUCUCACUAGUCUCAAGAUCUACGCAGAUGGACUGCAGUGUCUUAGAUCUCAGGAGGGGGUGCUACAAAGAGAAUCUGCACCCUGAGAGUCGUCCUACAAACCCAGGGUCCAUCAUGUGGAACCCAAACACAAGAACGUGGCAAACAAUGGUUCGUAGUGGAAAGAAUGGUGGGCUCCAUCUGAAACAAAUCUCCUAUUACAAACGAACAGGAGAAUAUCAUCCAACUACGUUAGCAAGUGAGAGAAGUGGAAUAAGAAGAGCAGCCAAAAAAUUUGUUUUCAAAGAAAAUAAGUUGUUCUAUGUGGGAAAAGACAGGAAACAGAUGCGUUUGGUAAUUGUUUCAGAUGAGGAGAAGAAGAGAGUGCUACGCAAAUGCCAUGAAAGUGCUGCAGGUGCUCAUCAUGGCAUAUCGAGGACUCUGACUCUGGUGGAGUCUAGUUACUACUGGACUUCCAUAACAAAUGACGUCAAACAAUGGGUGUAUGCUUGCCAGCAUUGCCAGGUGGCAAAGAAUACAGCAAUCAUAGUACCCAAAUUACACCCUAUCAAAGCAGAGGAUCCAUGGACUGCAGUCACAAUAGACCUAAUGGGACCUUUUAAUACCACCCGCAGAAACCAUAUGUAUGUCAUAAUGAUGACAGAUUUGUUCACAAAAUGGGUGGUGGUUCUGCCACUACAAGACACUUCAGCGGUAGAAAUUGCUAAGGCAAUUGUCAGUGUGUUUUUCUUGUAUGGACCGCUUAAAAAAAUGGUUAUUGAUCAAGCAGAAGAGUUUGUUCAUCAGAUCAACAGAGAACUAUUUGAGCUCUUUGGAAUGAAACAAAUAGUAUUGUCCUAUCCUCAGACAGAUGACACAAAUGAAAGAACAUGCAAGACAAUCAAGACUUUCCUGAACAAGUACUGUGCAGACCACCCCAAUGACUGGGAUGAUAAUUUAUCUGCCAUUGCAUAUGCUUUUAACUUGACUCCCAUGGCGCCAGUCGAAAACACACCAUAUUUCCAAAUGUUUAAUCGUAACCCUUAUGUGUCUGAGACUUCAAAUGUACCGCAGGAAGCACAAGAGGAUAAUAAAUGUAUGUUUGCCAAAAUCCUUGAAGCAAUUAAACAGGCUGAUCGAGUAUUGGAGGAAAGGAAAGCUACAAAAUGCCAGAUUGUGAAAAAUAGUAUUGAUGAACAUCAAACUGGAAACAAGGUCAAUAUUAGAAGGAAGCCAAAGCAAGUAAAUCCAUUUCAUCUUAAAGUUGGACAUGAAGUGCUUAGACAAAGGAAAAACUGGUGGAAAGAUGGCCGUUUCCAAUCAGAGUGGGUUGGUCCCUGUAUUAUAGACUACAUCACAGAUAAUGGAUGUGCAAUACUAAGAGAUACCACAGGAUCCAGACUAAAAAGACCCAUCAAAAUGUCUCACCUUAAGCCAUACGUAAGAAGAUCCAAUGGACAAGACAACCAUUGUUUCUUACAAGGUGCAAUAGUGGUUGACCAUGACUACGUUGGCUUAUCGGAAAGUUUGUAUGGGCUAUGCCCACAAGAUACCAUUGCCGAAGGGGAAGUAAAUACCCUUGCAGCAAACAAUCUGCUGCCUCCACCCUGCAAAGAUGGUGAACCAUCAGAACGUAAAAGUCGGUCUGAGUUUACUGAAGAUCAUAGCAUUCUGCCAGCUAACUCAAAUCCAGAACAAUGGUCUUCAGCCUGUUGGACUCUUCAAACCAAGCUAGAGGAUACUUAAUAAAAUCCCACAAUGUUUCACUAGAAGAAAUGGUCCUAUUCUUCUCUGGUGGAAUGGAAAGGACUUUAGUAGCUUUAAAUUCCUUAGCCAAGUUUUAAAUAUUGAAAUGUUAGAUACUAUUAUUCCUAAACAUAUACAAUUGUAAAUACAAGUAUGUGUCUGGUAAUUAGUUUGUAUAUAUGCACUGACAUGCUAUGCUUGUUUUACAAGGAAUAUGGGAAUAGUUUAGUAAAAGCACAUUUCACCACUAUACAAUGGGCAGUGUGGUCCUAGCCACAGCACGUUAGUCCUUAACCACAAAAGUACAGCAUAGCAUUCCAUUUUAUGGCCUCUUCACUAGUCAUGUGGGUGGUUCAAGAGCUCUGACAGCUCCAGGACUGUAAGCUGAACAACCUGACCAAAGUCUGCCUCCAGCUCCAGGAAGGUGAAGUGGUUCACACCCUCUUACUAUUCUACAACUUUGUUUCCAGCUCUUUGGGGAAGGUGUGAGGUCUGCCUUUUAUACCUUCUAUUCUUCAUCGCUGGCACAAGACUCUACACCCACAUGAAAUAGCAGAGCUGCCAAAGCGCAGUGCAAGAACUGUUCUGCUUGAGAAACAAAUAGCCCUACAGUGACAUGGGCAGAAUUUCACCAGUUUUACUCCUAGCCCAUCAAAACGCUUUAAGGAAAGGAGGUUUUUAGUCUUUUAGUCACGUUGAGGCUGCCUAAAGCACAAACAGGGACUGUCUCUGCUCAUCUCCAUAUCAUCUUCAAAGCAAAUCUCAGAGAUGUAGCCUCCUUGCAGCGUGAGCACCACACCACUGGGUUUGUGUAGGUACUUAGGACUGCCUGGCUGGAUGCUUAGUCUGUCCCUGUCAUUGGUGAUUUUUAUCAUGCCAUCAUGUGAUUGACCGUGUAGUGACAGUCCUUGGUAAAUGUGUUGAGUGGUUCACUGAUCUUCCAGCUCUGAAUCUGUCUGCAGUCUCCCUUACCAUUCUUUCUUUUCAUAAAAAAAAACUUGCUCUAAACCUAGGAAGAGCCCUGCUCUUCCUGACAUCCCCACAUCUUACCUUGUCUCUCUCUGAAAAUUUACUAAGAUGAGUUGUGAGCUGGAGGGGAGAAAAAUUACCAUGUGUGCAUGCAUAGGAGCUUUUGUACUUGUGUGCUUGGUGCUGUGGUGCACCUUUCAGAGUCCCAGAACCACAAAACAACACAAGGGGGCUAGAUCCAGGAACCAUGGAAGUAGAUAAUUACCACCCAUUGGCUUAAGCAAAGGAGCCCAGGGCUGGGAGCUUUAGUCUAACCUCUUUCACUGACUGGUGUUACUUGUUUUCUGCACUUCAUGACCCCUAUUGUUGACCAAGGCUUCAUACUUCCAGUGCUAUUCCCCUUAGUUCAUAGUUUUGAUAACAGUACUAGAAGAUGCAGAAGAGCUGGUUGGAAAAUAGUUCUUCUGCCUGAGGGAAAAUUUUGAUGAAAAGUUAGUUUCACUUUUUUUUUCAUGGAGAAUUUUGAUUUUUUUUGGUAAAAAUUGAAAACCAAAAAAUUUCAGCUGAAAACCAAAAUCUUCAUUUUGGCAAUACCCCCACAGGGCAGAUAGGGAGUAUAAAUUUAGGUACUUUAUGCCUCCAUUCCUCUCUUUGGGAUGGGCUCCCUGGCCAGCCUGUAUCUCCCCACUUGCCUAGCUGCUGUGGUACAUCACUGGAAACUUGGUCUAACUGGUGAGCCUGGCCCCUAGAGGAAAAUGGGGGCAUGAGGCACCAUGCUAGCGUUUCCUAAUCUGAUUUUUUGGGGUUUGGCCCAAACCUUUUCAAGUGAUAAAUAUUUGGACAAAAAGUAGAAAUAGCUGCAACAAGCAGACAUUACUCGUGAAAAAAUUAUUUUUGUCAUAAACCCAAUUUGCCACUGAUAAACAGUUUUCAUUGAAAAUUGCUUAUUGAAGGAUCUACUAGGAAGGGAACCCAGGACCAAGAUUUUCAAAAGCUGCUAUUGAAUCUAGGUGGCCAGUAUAAGAUGCCUGUAAAAGAGACUUAACUGUAAAAACUGCUGAGUGUCCUCUGGAAAAUCAGGUCCUGAACAUAGAGGAACUCAGUUUUGCCCACUAAGUGACACUGCCUGUUGGAAAGAAUAUGCAAAACCUAGGUGCUUGGCUAUGCUGUCUGUAAAAUAAGUCUGCUUUCCACAUACCCACUUUACCAAGCACUUUUGAGACCUAUGGAUGACUGAGGGUUAUAUCAUUCAUAGACAAAUACACAGUAACCAGGAAACCAAUAUCUCAGACCCCUGCUUUAACCACCAGUUUGCACUCGCCUCCCAGAACCAAGAAUAGAGUCCAGUAAUCCUGAUCUCCAGCAUCCUAGUGCUAUUUAGAAAACAGUGGUGCAUAAUGCACUUUCUUUGGCUCUGUCUUAAAACUUUUUAAAAUAAAAUCUUAGGAAAUUCCAUUUACAAAACCAUCAUUAUUAAGGUUAAAAAGCCAAGCACUCAAAUGGGAAAUAACUGUAACCUUAAUUGUGCCCAUGUGCUUUAUCAUAUAAUCUGGAGAUAUAGGAUCACAUACUAUUUUUAUAGGACUCCUGUUUUGAAGUAGAGGGCCAGCUGUUCUGAACCAUUGCCUGCUCCCUGUAUUCCUAUAUUUUCCCAAUUGGAAUUUCACCCAUCAGGGGUCAGCCUGGCAGCGCCAGCUCCUCUAACCUCACGUCCAUAGCAUAAGAUGCACUCUAGCAAUCCCCAGCUAGGGGACAGUCUCUUGGCUUCAGGAAUAAGAUCAGACAGAGAACUAGGGAGCUGCCUCCUUUGUUUCCCUCACCCCCCUGUGGGGUUCAGCAGAGCAUCUGACCUGGAUCUUUUUCACCAGAUACUAACUGGCCUUCUCUAUGUUUGUGCAAUACCUAGCCUCAUGGGGCCCUGAUCCAGAUUGAGGUCUCCAGGCAUCAGUAUAAUACAAAUAAUUAAUGAGCGCUUUCGUAGUUACAGUGCCCAAAAUAGAGAGCACCAAACUGACUAUGUGUUGGACAGGAAAGUAAAGGGUUGAAUGCACUAAAAGGAAUGACUAGAAUACAUGAUACUAAUAUUUCAUAUUUCCUGGUAAUUGCAUAGUGGCAGCUACACAUGAGCUCCUCAGCUCAGCUGACUAGAUCCCUCGCUGGGUGUAUAUAUAGUCAGGAAGAUAUUUAAGAGUUUUAGGCAAAUUAGCAAAAGGAAUUGGGAAUUUCUGGAGACUUGUUCAAAUUUGCCAUAACAGCCAGGAGCAAAAUUGGAAGAAAGGCAGGAGAAAGUCUGAACCAUUUCUGCAGGUAGGGUUGACAACCAGCCAUGCUCAGAGAAGUAUCAUAGAAAUACUUCAUACACUUAUUAUAGAAAACUAUUCUACUGACCCUGUUUGUGACAUUCAUUGAGUUCUGUCUUCCAGGAGAAAACUCAGACCCACUGUUUCAUCAAGACUGCCUGCCUGCUCUAUCCACUGCACACGCAUUUAAUUUACAAGGGGACACGCCUCAACUUCCCUAGUCAAUUCUGGGUGGUUUGUGACACAUUGUGGUGUUUAUAGCUAGAAGGGGGAAAAAUGAGCAAAUAUGUUCAGGGAAUUCAGAGAGAGAGAGAGGUGAAGUUGGUGAAUUCCCCAGUAUAGAAACAUGAAAAUGUUUCUAUCUGGUUAGUGUACUAGAAUUAUUUACAUAUGCAGUUAGUUGAAAUAAAUGAUGGAAAUUCACUAUGCUAUUGUAAGAGGGUUUUGUUCAACAGUAGAUGUGUGUUUAAACAAGGGAGCUCAGAGUAUAACAAUGACUUCUUGACCUUGCCAUUUCUCCUGCGGGGGUGGUUAUAAACAUACUAUCCUAAAAUGUUUACUUUUUAAGUACGGACAAUGUAUGGACAGUUCUUAGCUUUUUGCAGUCGGCUUAAUAUUCCACAGUGGAGAAGGCUGUUAUGAGUCAUCAUGUGCUUUUCACAACAGGCAGCUCUUGGAAAUGACAUUCUUCAGGACUAGAUUAAUUUCUUAUUCAUGUGUACAGCCAAGAUCUAUGACCUUUUGUGACACAUGUAGUUAUUUUAAUGAUCUAGCAUAAUAAACUGUUAUCACAGAA